AAAGCUACAAGUACCAUCUUUAGUUCGACCCCAGACAACUGAAGAAGAAUAUAGUGUAAAAAGUUCUCAUGGCUUGUAAUUCAGCUCUUUUCAUAUUCUUCCUCAGCUUCAUCUUCUUCGAUGGUGCAUAUUCCACACAUGGGCCAUGCCCACCUGUGACCACACCCAAGCCUCCACCCAAGUCUCCUUCUGUGACCAUACCCAAGUCUCCACCCAAUUCUCCCACAUUCCCCAAAAACACCCUCAAGUGGGGCGCAUGCGUCGACUUGCUCGCCGGGCUAGUACACUUGGUCGAAGGCACCGUGCCGAGCAGCAAGUGCUGCUCUUUGGUGAAAGGUGUUAGCGAUCUCGAAGCAGCUGUGUGCCUUUGUACAACCACCAAGGGGAAUGCGUUGGCCACUAAGAUCGACGUCCCUGUCGCAUUCACCUUGCUUGUUAAUGCGUGUGGGAAGAAGAUCCCUCCAUGCUAUAAGUGUGCCUAAAACAUCCCUCAUA